AUGAGGCUCAAAAAAUCGAUUAGCGCAGUAUUGAAUAAUAAUCACAAUCAACCACCACCAGCACCAGCAGCAGCAGCACCACCACCUCACCGACCGCUGGCCCGAUCAUCGGGAUCCGAUUUGAGCACAUUGUUGUCUGGGCAUCCGCGCAAUGCGGACGUGCGUACAGAACUGGCGGGAGAGGUGACCGAGUUAAUAGCUGCGAAUUUCGUGGCAAAUAACGAAUUGGAUUAUAAUAAAUUGUCAGCAAUCACGGCCAGCACCGAUGAUCAUGAUAAUAUUAAUGACAAGGCUGAUGUAAGCUGCACUAAAACCUACGAUGACAAAGAUAACUGGUGUCUUCAGACCUGGAGUGACAUGCCAAGUCACUUGCAAUUCAACCCACACAUUCGCACUGGCUACAGACAAAUCACAAACUUAAAAGGAUGCUUGAGAAGUCUGUUUUAUAUUCACAAUGAAACUGUCAAUACCUUCACACACGGUCUAGCUGUCUUACAUAUCUUGCUAACGAUUCCUGACUUAUUACCAUGGUGGGAAAAAGGUGUCUUCUUUGGUUUCAUUUCCUGGUGUCAUCUUAUUGGUGCUGUGAGUCCAUGGAUCGGGUCAUUUAUAUAUCACUUGUUUAUGAAUCUUGACUAUGGAGAAAAAUUUUACAAGGGAUUACUGAAACUUGACAUGCUUGGAAUUUGGGUUUGUCAGAGUAUUGGCGCAUUACCAAUGAUUGCAACAUCAGUGCACUGUCUUACGCCGAUACUUUGGUAUUCAACGAUGCUGCUGUAUGUCUUCCUUAGUAUCUGGGGAUUAUUUAAGGCAAUGAGGGCCAAGUCACCGUGGGAGAGAAGACUCUGCUUCGCGCCUCCGUUCAUGAUGAGAAUGAUUUUUUUGACACUUAGAUGCUUCCAUUUGACUGGCGGUGAUCCUGAUAAUUUAACACAUAUCGUACUGCAAGAUCUCGUUGCUGUGAUUGGCGGAGCAAUAGGCGCACUAAGAAUUCCCGAAAAAUGGUUACCAGGUCAAGUUGAUUUUAUUUUUAAUUCCCACAAUAUCAUGCAUGUAAUUGUCGUCUGUGCCGUUUGGUCGAUGCACACAGCGACAAUUCGUGACAUCAAGUGGAUGAUGAUUCCUAAUGUUUGUCUAGAAUCUUCAAAUUCUUCUCCAGCUUUCGUUCAUAAUGAAUUAUAAUUAACAAAUAGAUAAAUAAAUUAAUUAGGAAAUUAAAUAAUUAAAAUUCAUUAUGAUCUUAUAGUUUACUGUUAACAAAAAAAAAAAUAAUAUUCCACCUUCUUAUUAUCCUGUGAAUCUGUGAUCAAUGAAUGAUAUAUUUUAAAAUCUGUGAUUAAUUAAUAAUAAUUAUAAUUAUAAAGCGGUUCGAUCAUGUACGAAAAAUAAGACGAGUGAUAAGAAAAUGUUAAAAAAUGCGGGAUUAUUUCUGCGCAUCAAAAAUAAUUAUUUAUUAUUUAUUAAUAUAAUUAUUAAAUACACGGAUUUUUUAUGAGUGUCAAUGUAGCAGACAUCAGACAAAUUUUAAAUUAUUAAUUAAUAGAGUAAAUAAUUAAUAAAAUAAAAUUUUUAAAGAA